AGCGCAGGGCGUGAGCGCAGGCGACCCGAGCCGCCGCCGUCCUCGCAGCCGCGGGCGCCGAGCGCAGCGAGCAUGGCUUCCGCCGCCCGCACCUUCUUCCAGGUGCUGCUGCUGCUGCCUCCGCAGACCUGGAGCUCGGCAGAAGCGGGGAAUCCACGCGACUGUGACGCUCCGCUGGGAUCCGCCUUGCCUCCGUCCUCCUUCAGCAGCUCCGCAGAGCUGUCCAGCAGCCACGGCCCUGGGUUCGCCAGGCUUAAUCGGAGAGACGGAGCUGGUGGAUGGACCCCACUUGUGUCAAAUAAAUACCAAUGGCUGCAGAUUGACCUUGGAGAGAGAAUGGAGGUCACGGCUGUGGCCACCCAGGGCGGAUACGGGAGCUCCGACUGGGUGACCAGCUACCUCCUGAUGUUCAGUGACAGUGGGAGGAACUGGAAGCAAUAUCGACGAGAAGAGAGCAUCUGGGGAUUUUCAGGAAACACAAAUGCAGACAGCGUGGUGCACUACCGGCUCCAGCCCCCCUUCGAAGCCAGGUUCCUGCGCUUCCUGCCUUUAGCCUGGAACCCCAAGGGCAGGAUUGGGAUGCGGGUCGAGGUGUAUGGGUGUGCAUACAGAUCUCAGGUGGUUUAUUUUGAUGGACUAGGAGCCCUGCUAUACAGAUUGGAUAAAAAGCCCAUAAGACCCAUAAAAGAUGUUAUUUCUUUGAAGUUUAAAACCAUGCAGAACAAUGGGAUUCUACUCCACAGAGAAGGACAACAUGGAAAUCACAUAUCUCUGCAAUUAAUUAAGGGAAAACUUGUCUUUUCUCUAAAUUCAGGCAAUGCCAACCUGCAGCCUGCUGGUGCCCACGUGAACCUCACCCUGGGCAGCCUGCUGGAUGACCAGCACUGGCACUCCGUCCUCAUCGAGGUCCUCAGCACUCAUGUCAACUUCACGUUGGACAAACACACUCGUCAUUUCCAUGCAAGGGGAGAAUCCAAUUACCUGGAUCUUAACUUUGAGAUCAGCUUUGGAGGAAUCCCGACAUCUGCAGGGUCCCUGGCAAUCUCACAUACAAACUUUCAUGGAUGUGUAGAAAAUCUUUAUUAUAAUGGAGUGGAUAUUGUUGAAUUAGCCAAGAAACACAAACCACAGGUCCUUGUUAUGGGAAAUGUGUCCUUCUCAUGUCCACAACCACAGGCCAUCCCCGUCACUUUUCUGAGCUCUAGGAGUUAUCUGGCUCUGCCAGGCAACUCUGGGGAGGACAAAAUAUCUGUCACAUUCCAGUUUCGAACAUGGAACAAAGAAGGACGUUUGCUGUUGGGUGAACUGUGGCAUGGUGCGGGAAGUUUUCUCCUCUUUCUUAAGGAUGGAAAACUCAAACUGAGCCUCUUCCAGCCAGGACAGUCAUUGAGAAACGUCACAGCAGGUGCUGGGCUCAAUGACGGGCAAUGGCACUCUGUGUCCCUGUCUGCCAAAUGGAACCACCUGAGUGUGGGGGUGGACAGUGACAUGGCUCUCCAACCGCUGGUGACGGGGCUGACGGGUUCCAGCAACACCUAUUAUUUUGGAGGCUGUCCCGACAACAGCUCAGGCUCUGGAUGUGCAAGUCCUCUGGGAGGGUUUCAGGGGUGCCUGAGGCUCAUCUCCAUUGGUGGCACCGUGGUGGAUCCCAUCUCGGUCCAGCAGGGGGCGCUGGGGAGUUUCAGCGAUCUUCAGAUAGACGCCUGCAGCAUCACCGACAGAUGCCUGCCCAGCUUCUGUGAACAUGGGGGUGCAUGUGCCCAGUCCUGGGACACCUUCUCCUGCAACUGCGAGGGCACAGGUUACACUGGAGAGACCUGCCAUUCCCCGCUGUAUGAGCAGUCCUGCGAGGCCCACAAGCACCGAGGGAGUCCUUCUGGGCUUUACUAUAUCGAUGCUGAUGGCAGUGGCCCCCUGGGACCGUUUCUUGUGUACUGCAACAUGACAGACGCCGCGUGGACCGUGGUGCGGCACAGUGGCCCGGACCAGGUGACCGUCGGAGGCGGCCCCCGGGGGCGCGCACGCUCGGUGACCUUCGCCUACGCGGCCAGCGCGGGGCAGCUGCGGGCAGCGGUGGCCCUGGCGGAGCGCUGUGAGCAGCAGCUGGCUCUGCGCUGUGGUUCCCGGCCGCUUGCAGACCCACGAGAAUUCAUAACUCAUGCUCUGUUCUUUGCCCAGACAUCAAUAACUAGGACCAGUGACGUCACAGUCUUUUCCCAGAAGGAGUACCUGCCAGUCAUUCAAGUGGUGAUGACGGACAGGGGCCGACCACCCUCUGAAGCUGUGUAUACGCUGGGACCUCUGUUCUGCCAGGGGGACGAGUCAUUUUGGAAUUCGGCUUCCUUCAACACUGAGACCUCAUACCUUCAUUUCCCCACUUUCCAUGGAGAACUCACUGCCGAUGUGCAGUUCUUUUUUAAGACCACGGUUUUCUCUGGUGUGUUUAUGGAGAACCUGGGCAUCACGGACUUCAUCAGGAUAGAGCUGCAGACUCCCACAGAAGUGACCUUUUCCUUUGAUGUGGGGAAUGGACCUUGUGAGGUCACGGUGCGGUCACCCACUCCCUUUAAUGACAAUCGGUGGCACCACGUGAGGGCAGAGAGGAAUGUCAAGGGAGCCUUCCUGCAGGUGGACCAGCUCCCCAGGAGGACGCAGCCGGCCCCUGCAGACGGCCACGUGCGCCUGCAGCUCAACAGCCAGCUCUUCAUUGGUGGGACGGCCAGCAGGCAAAGGGGCUUCCUGGGGUGCAUUCGGUCCCUGCGGCUGAACGGGAUGGCCCUGGACCUGGAGGAAAGGGCCACAGUGACACCGGGAGUGGAGCCAGGGUGUGCGGGACACUGCAGGAGCUACGGACACUUGUGUCGCCACGGGGGGAGAUGUCGAGAACGGCUCAGAGGGGUGGCUUGCGACUGCUCGGCCUCCGCCUACGAGGGCCCCUUCUGCUCCCACGAGAUUUCUGCAUAUUUUGAAACUGGCUCCUCCGUGACCUAUGAUUUUCAAGAUCAUCACCCCUUAGGUGACAACACCAGCUCCCUGGCUUCUUCAUUACACAGGGAUGUCACACUGUCCCAAGAGACCGUCACCCUGAGCUUCCGAACCACUCGGACACCCAGCUUACUGCUUUAUGUGAGCUCUUUCUAUGAGGAAUACCUUUCCAUUAUCCUGGCCAACAAUGGAAGUUUGCAGGUCAGGUACAAGCUAGACAGACAUCGAGAUCCAGACGCUUUUAACUUUGAUUUUAAAAACAUGGCGGAUGGGCACCUUCACCAGCUGAAGAUUGACAGGGAGGAAGCCGUGGUCUCUGUAGAGGUUAACCAGAGUGCGCAGAGACAAGUCAUCCUGUCCUCGGGGACAGAAUUCAACGCCCUCAAAUCCCUCACGUUGGGAAAGGUUUUAGGUAAGUGGCAGAAAGCUCUUUCUCCCAAAAAAACAUCAGAUCCUAAGUGUCAUGUCACACACUCGGGAAGCACUCCCCUGCCCCUCCCCGCGGGCUGGGGACGGCGGCGGUGCGCGGUGGAGAGGGCCUGCGACGCCCUGGGCAGCCUCCCCUUUUCUACCCUAGGUCGUUCCGAACCCAGCGAGGAGGGAGAGCCUUUGGUGAAGGCGGACAGAAGCGACUCUGGGGUCAUCGGAGGUGUGAUAGCAGUUGUGAUAUUUAUUUUGCUCUGCAUCUCUGCUAUAGCCAUAUGCAUUUACCAACAGAAAAAGUUACGCAAAGAAAAUGAAUCAAAAGUCUCAAAAGACGAAGAGUGCUAGGACCACUCAACAAAGUGCACGUGUCAAGACACAGUCCUGAGAGACAAUGUCUUCUGGUUGGCAGUGGGCUGAUCUACCCCACCCACUGUGGACCGUCCUGAUCUGGUCAUCCCUGUGGGUGGGCCAGUGCUAACCAUCUGCUGAGGACCUGGGGUGCUGGGAGGCCCGUUCUGCCUUGGUGGACCCCUCCCUCCAGUGCAAUUUAUAUGACAGUGAAGGAGGAAUCCUCAUUCAUCAUGGUGGAGUAGUUUGCCCCAGAAGGAAUGCUCUCUUCCAACACAGAA